AUGAGUGACAAUACAACAACCUCUGCGAAGAAGCAGAUCAUUCUCAAUGCUUUCGUGAUGAAUACCCCCGGCCAUUUGGCCCCCGGGCAAUGGAGACACCCCAGAAACAAGACGGACCAGUACAAAUCAUUAUCAUUCUGGACCGAUCUAGCCCAACUUCUGGACAAAGCCGGUUUCCAUGCGAUGUUCAUUGCCGAUACUCUUGGUGCAUACGAUGUGUACAAGGGCCCUAGCAAUGUCGUUCCCGCAUUGGCAUCAGGCGCGCAAUAUCCCGUCAACGACCCGCUGUACCUUGUCCCGGCCAUGUCCGCCGUCACAAAGAACCUCAUCUUCGGUAUCACGGCCAGUGUGACAUACGAGAAACCAUAUUCGCUCGCACGUCGACUCACGACUGUCGACCACCUGAGCGAGGGCCGAGUAGCAUGGAACAUUGUCACCUCUUACUUGGACAGCGCCGCCAAGAACCACGGCUUGAACGAACAGAUUGAUCACGACGAGCGGUACGCCAUCGCAGAUGAGUACCUCGAGGUACUUUACAAGCUCUGGGAAGGAAGUUUCCGAGACGAUGCCGUCCUGGCCGACCGAGAAAGUGGAGUAUACAUUGCCGCCGACGGUGUGCGAGAAAUCAACCACAAAGGGAAAUACUUCCAAGUCCCCGGUCCACACUUUUGUGAGCCAUCGCCCCAGCGCACGCCGUUCCUCUUCCAAGCUGGCGUGUCGGAAGCCGGUGGACAGUUUGGCGGGAAACAUGGUGAAGCAAUCUUCAUUGGGGGUGUAACUCCCGAAAACACUCGCCCGGUGGUGGACAAUAUCCGAAGGGUUGCGGCAGAGAACGGACGUGACCCCAAUCACAUCAAAAUCAUAAUUGGUAUCAACGUGAUUGUCGCAGCGACAGAUGAAGAGGCAUGGGCAAAGCGGGAGGAUUAUCUCCAAUAUGCCGAUGACGAAGGUUGUCUAGCUUUGUUCGGCGGAUGGACUGGAAUCGACCUGUCGGGAUAUUCCGACGACGAGGACUUGCGUUUCAGUGACUCUCCCCGAGUUCAGUCCAUCGUUCGGCGGUUUUCUUCCACCGUGCCUGGUACGGAUAAUCUGCCGUGGACUAAGCGACGAAUUGUGGAGUACAUCAGUGUGGGUGGACUGCAGGCCAAGGUUGUUGGCAGCCCUACGACAGUUGCAGAUGAGUUGGAAAAAUGGGUGGAAAUUUCCGGCGUGGAUGGUUUCAACCUUGCUCAUAUUGUGAAUCCGGGAACAUUCGAGGAUAUCAUUGAGUUCUUGUUGCCUGAGUUGCGCCGAAGAGGUAUCUUCCGAGGAGAGACCGAGAAACAGGGUGCGACAGCCCGCGAAGUGUUCAUUGGAUCAAAGCGUUUGCCAGAAGAUCACCCUGGAAGCCAGUACAAGUGGCGCGCAGGGGAGAGGAUCCCAAAAUAUCAACAGACCAGCGACGAAUAG